CCAUGGCACAGCUUGCCCUCUCUGAUCUCACCUUGCCCCGCCACCACCCGAGAACAGACUGCCUGUGAUCCCACCCUCCUGGCACAACCUGCCCCCAUGUUGCCCCUUCCCCAUGCUUCCAUGGCACCUAGACUGACCAGGCCUUUGUCUUUAGCAGCUUUGUGUGCACAGAGAUACCAUGCAGUCUUCCCCGACUAACCCCAGUCUGUUCCCUGCUGCUGCUGACCCAGGUGGCAGAGAGCCCAGGAGCUCCCAGCCAGCAGAGCAUGGCUGGGCCUGGGGUGUCCGCCAGCGCCUUGCUGCCCAGCUCCAAGAGACGGGGAGGCCUGAUCCCCAGCACCUGGACGCGCUCGUGGCAGAGCUGGUCGCUGUGUUUGCGAAGGUGCUGCAGAGGAGCAGCCGAAGUGCCUGGCUGCACCUGCUGGAUGUCCUGCAGCUCCUCAGCCCCUUCCGGGAGCAGCUGCGUUGCCGGGAGGAACUGCUGCCUUACCUGGAGAGCCUCUGUUACCAGUACCGCCGCAGUCAGGCCCUCGUGUCUGACCUAGAUGUCCUGGGAGCCGUGGGCCAGGCCUUCCCCAGGGACCACUCAGAGCUGUAUGCCCAUCCACUUGCUGCGCACGGCAGGGAUCCAGUGCCCCCAGCCAAUCUGCUCCCUGUUGGCUCCGAGCCAGCCUUUGCAGGGCAGCCCUGCCCCUUUGUCCUAGAGCAGGAGGUCGAAGAACCAGCAGCCGUGUGCCAGCCAGGCCCAGUGUCUUUUCAGGAGCUGCAGAGAUGUGUGGGUCUGGUGGGCAUGGAGCUGGCUCAGGACGAGACCCAGUGGAAAAGCGGCCUGGGCCUCAUGUCCCUCGCCCUUGGUACAGAGGUGCCUGUGAAGUAUUGCUGUGCCGAGCUGAGGCUCCUUCCAGACCCAGGCCGAGAGGCUGCUGCACCCGCCCCACAGGUGGUGGAAGGAGAGCAGGGCUUCUCCUGGCAGUCCCUGACAGGGCUCCGGGCUGCUGAGAUUUUUGUGAGGAACAGGCACCUGAGGAAAAUCAACUUUGUCUACCUCAACAUUGCCCCCAACAGGCACUUCAGGCCCUACGACCUGGUUGUGGUUCCUAAGCGCCAGGCCAACCCCCAGCACUAUGUCUUCUCCCCUUUUGGGGUGCUCCACGUGCACCCUGAAGAAGGCGCUGAGGCCCUGACACUUGGAGAGUGGCACCGAGAGGCCACGCUGUGGCAGCUACUCCAGUGCAUCCCCUUCUUCAAGCACUGCCUCGUCCGCAAAGCCUUUGCCCGCUGGUGGCAGAAUGUGAAGCACCUGCAGCUGCUGAGACGCCAGGAAACUCUGGGCAGGCACCUGCUCCUGGCUGUGCCCCACUUUGGAGCAGCACUGCUCCACGUCUCCAGACUCCUGCAGGAGCUAAGAUCUGUACACUGGCUGCCCCAGGAUGACUCCAAAUGCUACCCCUUCCCAGAGCUACAGCGGGCCCUGGCCCAAGAGAACGGCCGUGCCCGAGGCCUGCUCAGGAGGUUCCUCACCCUCUCCUCAGCCAUUCUCGAGCUGGUGCGGGAUGACACAUACAAGACAGUGCACGGGCUGCAGACCCAAGUGCAGAGCUACAAGCUCUACAUCACCAAGGAGUCCCUGUAUAAGCAGAGAGUCCACUACAGGGACCUGGAGAGGAGGCUGAAGGAAGCCGAGUUCUGGAUGCAGAGGCUGGGCAGCCUGGCCCAGCUGGUGAACCUCCUGACCUGCCAGAACCUGGUCUCCAUUGUGCAGGAGGAGGUCACAGCGUUCGUCAGCAACGUCAUGAAGGCCAAUGGUACCAUGAGGAAGGCUGUCCUCCGAGUGCACCUGGUGUUUGAUGCUGACAGCCAACUGGUCCCCUUUCCCUCCAGUCAGGUGCUGGAAACCAGCCUGCUGGGGGCCCUGGAGGCCGUGGUGGAAUCUGUACUGCAGGUGACCCGCACCAGGAAAGAGAAGCCAGUGACCCAACCUGAGCAGAGUCCUGGAGAGACAGAGACUUCCAGAAGUCAGGACUUGGCGAUGGUGCUGUGCAAUCCCCAGCCAAGUGCCCUUCGAGAGGCAGAUAAAGGAGGCCCUGAGGCCCUGGCCCCCCAGUCCCCUGAUGAGCUGCUCCAGAGUCUGCCUGCUGAGGUGCUCUGUGGCCAGCAGCCACAGCUGGUGCACCAUCUGGAUCUGAAGGGCAUCGGGGGUCUGGAGGUGAGUGGGCACCGGCUGAGGAGCCAGUACCCAGUGCCGUCGAGGGAGCAACUGGAGCAGGACCUGCGCUCGGACAGCAGUAUCCAGGGGGCCCUGGCCAGCCAGCGGGCUUUGCUGGCGGAGGCACUGAGUGAGACCCAGGAGAUCUGCAAGCAGCACACGUGGGUGGCAGAGAUCCACAGCUUUGCUCACAGCUGGAGCCCCAAGCAGCUGGAGCUGAUGAAGGGCUGGCCCGCGGGCAAAUAUGUGCAGCGAGUCGUACAGCUGCGAGCCUGGGCAGAACGUGUCAGAGAGGUGCCCUCCAUGGUCAUCACCUGCAACCGGCUCCUCUUGGUGGAUUGCAGCAGCGUGCAGCAGGAGAUUGUGCCCCUGCUGGACUCCAUCAUCAAAGAGAUCGUCUCCCUGCUGUUGAGUGAAACGUCCCAGCGCAGCGAGAUCCUCAUUUCCCAGCUUAGCGGGGUCGUGCAGCUUUACCAGCGCGUCAGCACUGACAUCUUCACCAUCGCCAAGUGCUCCCAGAAGCUGGAGCAAUACCAGGACCAGAUGACAGAGCUGCAGGAGCGUGUGGAGUAUGUGCGAGCUCUGAACGAGGUGAUCCGUCAGCACUUCCGCCCACUCAGCCUGGAUGAGGAGAACCUGGAGAACCUGAUCUGGUCAAGUGAGCGAGGCCGUUGCCGCUCCCUGGACAUCCUGCGCCGGCUGCAGAAGGCCUGGGCUGAGAGGCAGUUCCGUUUGGUCAACUUCAUCCUGAGCGUGCCCUACCAGGCCCCACUGCCCGACCGUGCCCGCCGGCCGCCCAGCAGGCGUUACCGCCCACCCAAGCAGGAGUACAUCUCCAAGGACAGCGGCACCUUCGUGCUGGCUGACACAGCAGAACUCAAGGCCCUGACAGAGAAAAGCCUGCUAACCUUGAAGAACAUCAUCCUUUCACCCCACGCCAUGGAGCUCCGGGAGGAGGCAGAGAGCUGGACCAGUACCUUGCGUGGCUUUGGAGCCCUGCUGGAUGUCUGGGUCAGUUUCCAGCAGAAGUGGAUUUUUCUGAAUAUAGUGCUGUAUGAGAUGGACAUCAGCCUGCCCAGCAGCGAGCUGGAUUGCCUGUUCCAGAAGCUGGACAGCAGGUUCCGGGAGCUCAUGCAGGUGACAUCCAAGCACCCCCUGGUGCUAUCCAGCAUGAUGCCUACGGCCACCGCCAACCGGGAGAGCCGCUUUAUGGGUGUGCCCCUGCAGACCAUGCUGAGCGAGGGUGUUGAGGACCUGCAGCUCAUCAUCCACGGACUGGAGUACGUGCUGGAGGCUACGCGCAUGGGCUUCCCCCGCCUCUUCUUCCUCAGCAACACAGAGGUGGUGGCUAUGAUGGCCUCACCUGCGGAGCCCAUGGAGGUGACCACCUGGGCCCGCCGCUGCUUCCCAACUGUGCACCAGCUGGCCUUCCGUGAGCCCUCGGCCACUCGAGACCCUGCCACCUAUGCUGUCCUGCUGCCCAUGGCAGAGGCCACGGGCCUGGUGGGAGCCUGUGGGGAGACGGUGCCGUUGUGUUCCCCGUUGCUCCUCAACCAGAAGGUCACUAAAUGGCUGUGCGCCCUGGAGCAGUGCAUGAAGGAGGCCCUCUUCCACCUGCUGCAGGCAUGCAUGGCCCAGCGCCUGGCCCUGCGGCCCCAGCUCGACGUGGCCUUCGAGCACCACCCAGGUCCCACCGAGCUGCCGCUGCACCUGCUGGUGGAGCACUGGGGGCAGCUGGCAACAGGCUUCCCGGCCCAGUGCGUGCUGCUGGCCGAGGAGGCCUUGUGGUUUGCGGAUGUGCAGGAGCGGCUCUUCGGCCCUGUGCGCAGGCCUGGCCUCAAGCUCAAACACCGACUCAAGCUGGAGGCCCUGGCCCACUAUGUCCGGAACUACCGCAGCAGCCAGGCUGGGCAGCCGGGCAGCGGCCAGCUCAGCACGCUGCUGGGGGCCCUGCUCACAGUCACCGUGCGCCAGCGCGACGUGCUGGCCCACCUGCUGCAGCGCAAGGUCGACUCACCCACUGCCUUUGCUUGGGCCCAGCUGCUCAAGUACCGGCUGGUCCUGCACCCCGAGAGUGCCAGGGCAGUCGGGGCCCCCCUUGAGAGCUGGGCCGCCAGCCCCCCCGGCUGCUGGGCCGAGGUCCUCGACAUCCGCCUGCACUAUGGCUAUGAGUAUGUGGGGAACUGCCCCCACCUGGUGGGGGGCCCUCAGCUGGAGAGGAGCUUCCUGGGCUUACUGCUGGCCCUGGAGGAGUUCCGCUGUGGCGCGGCUCUGGGCUGCCACGGGGUCGGGAAGACGGCCACCAUGCAGCACCUGGCCAGGGCUCUGGGGCGCCAGCUCGUCACCCUGCACUGCUCCCAGCAGAUGGGCCUGGGCUGCCUCCGCCAACACCUGAGUGGGGCUGUGCAGGCUGGGGCCUGGCUGCUGCUGGAGGCUGUGGACCAGCUGGGGCCCGGUGUCCUGUCAGGGUUCAGCCAGCUCCUGUCAGACCUGCGGAUGCUCUGCCUGGGCCUGCAGGCGGAGACGGGCCAGGUGAGCCCCAGCCACAAAUCCAAGAGCAGGGACGGGGAGGGGCAGGAGCAGCCGGCAAGGGCCCUGCCAGAGCUGGGCCUGAAUGAAGAUGAGCCGUACCAGCCCCGCGUGCUGGGCAACAUCCUCUUCGGGGAGCGGCUGUUGCGGGUCAGGGAGACCUACGGCUGCCUGGCCACCCUGCAGCGUCUCCCUGAGCUCCUGCGCCUGGCCGUGCGCCCCGUGGCCCUGCUGCCCCCCGACCUGCACCAGGUGGCCGAGGUGACCUUGCUGGCAGCUGGCUUCCGGGAAGCAGCACACCUGGCCAAGAAGCUGAGCUAUUUCUUCUGGCUGGAGGGGGAGCUGGGCCCGGGCCCUGCACCCAGCCGGCUGGCCCUGUUCAAGGGGGUCAUUGAGGCAGCCAUUGGCAUUGUGUAUCCGCCUGUGGUGAGGCCAGAGCCAGAGCCCGAGCCCGGGGAGCAGCUCCCAGCCCAGCAGACACCCUUUGAGAGCCUGGCAGAGGAGCCUGCCCUCAUCCAAGCUCUCUGCCUCUCGCCCUUCUUGUCUGCCCUGGAGGACCCCCGGCGGAGUAGAGUGUGGGAGCUGCUCCGAGGGGUCUUCCUGGCCUCCUGCUCCCUGGUCCCCGAGGCCCAGGCGCCCCCCAGGCUGCUGAGUGCUGUGACAGCACAGCUGCAUGAGGACAAGCUCCACGCAGACCCCGAGCUCACCAGCACCAUAGUGCAGCUUUGCCAGGCCCUGCUGGGCUCACCGGGGGUCCUGCUGGUGGGGCCCUCUGGCAGCGGCAAGACCACAGCCUGGAAGACCCUGGCUAAGGUGCUGAGCAGGCUGGCUGUGAGUGCGUCCUUGGAGCUGGCGCCAGGAGCGGGCAGGCCAGGCACUCGGAAGGACGUGGCAUACCUGCCCAUCAGCACUGUCUGCCUCUGCCCCAACAGCCUCAGCACCGCUGAAUUCCUGGGCAGGCUUGAGGGAGGCAUCUGGAGGGAGGGCGUUUUCUCCAGGCUCCUGCAGAGAAUGGCUUCCUCAGCCCCUGCGGCUGGGCUGGGCGUGUCAGGCACCCAGCAAUGGCUGGUGCUGGACGGGUUUGCCAGCUCCGAGUGGCUGGAUCCCAUCUCGUCACUGUUCAGCGCAGAGCCCACUCUCAGCCUGCCAAGCGGGCAGCAGCUCCAUCCCCCAGAGGGCGUGAAGUUCCUCUUUGAGCUGCCUGAUGCCUCCAGCAUCUCACCAUCCAUCUCCACACACUGCGCCCUCCUGCACUGUGGGGGCUCGUGUGUCUGGCGAGCACUGCUGGCGUCAUCCCUAGCCCCCAUCUACCACACGUACAGAGUGAGCCAGGAGAGCGUGGUCAUGCUGCGUGGCCUCGCUGAGGAUGUCUUCCCUCCCACGCUCACCUUCCUGCAGCAGCAUUGCAGCUCUGUGCUGCAGCCUCACGCCGACCUGCGCAGCCCCGUGGCCUGGGGCAUCCCAGAGACCACAGCCUUCACCAGGCUCCUGAAGGCUCUGCUGGACCAACACCUGAGCCAUGACAAGGCGAAGGCCCAGCCCCUGAGAAGGGAGGACCAGGCAGUGGCUGAGAACUGCGGUGCUGGGGUCUCAGCUGCCCCUUCACACUGGGGCUUGGAUGAAGCUGUCCCACCCCAUCACCACCUGCUUGUCCGCAGCAUCUUCGUGUUUGCCUACAUCUGGGGCUUCAGUGGCCACCUGCACCCCAGAAACUGGGCCAUCUUUGACAGCUUUGCUCGUAGAGUCCUGUACAGCAGCAGCUACACCAUAGAGCUGCCUUCAGCCGAUUCUGUCUUUGACCUCUAUCCCCAGCCUGAGGAUGGGAAACUGGAGGUUUUUGAUGGGAAGUAUCUGUCCGGCAGAAUCAAGGCAGUUCCUGAGAGUUUCACCAUUCUGCCCCAGUACGAGCGACUCCUCUACGUGCUGGACCUGCUCCUGGGCUCGAGGCAGCCAGUGCUCCUGGCUGGGGAGCCCAGCUGUGGCAAGUCGUCCUUCGCGGAGCAGCUGAUCCAACCCAAUCACUCCUACCAUCGUGUCGCCAUCUCGCCUGCCCUCGGCGCGGACCACGUGCGCCGGCUGCUGGAGAGCCACAUCCUGAGCAGCAUGCGGGACAAAGCCCUGUUCACCGGCCUCCCUGGGUCCCGGCCCCCUGGCGUCAGGGGCGGGAGGAGCUGCUACCUGCUCCUGCUGGAUGACCUGCACGCCGCCGAGCUGAAUGCCAGGCAGGGGAGUCGCCCCGUGGUGGAGACCCUGCGCCAGGCCCUCUCCCACCAGGAGGUCUACGGCGCCGAGAGCCUGGAGCUCCGACACAUCCCUUCAGCAGAGUUCAAUUGCAUUGGCUUGGUGGCUGCCCCAGCGAUUGGCGUGCACCCCCUCUCCCCUCGCUUCACUCGGCUCUGCAGCAUCCUCUCGCUCCCCAGCGUCUGCAGGGAGUCUCUGAUCUGCAUGCACAGCCCCCUGGUCCUGGCCUGGCUGGAGAAGUUCCCGCUGCUGGCCAGGCACAGUGAGCUGGCCACUGCGCUGGUGGGGGCCACUGUGGACAUGUACGAGGCCGUGAAGGCCAAGUUCCGCCCUUCCCCCGCCUGCUCCCCCUACCACUUCUCCUACCAUCACAUUGAGAAGGUUCUCAGGGGACUCUUCCUUCUGCGGCCCUGCCCUGGGAUCCACCUCACCAGCCCCUUGGAGGAGCCCAGCACGCCCAAGGCUGCAAAGCGAGGCCAGCCGGGGAUAAGCCUUAGCCUCACGCUAAGCACCCGGGUCAUCGUCCGCCUGUGGCUGCACGAGUCGCUGCGCACCUUCUGCGACCCGCUGCUGUCGGAGAGCGAGCGGCAGGAGAGCGGCCAGCUGCUGCUGGACGUGGCUACCAGCACCUUCUGCACCAAGAGGAGCGUGCUGAGGGUGAUCUCCACCAGCGACAGGGAGCCGCAGCAGCGCGAGCGAACCAGGAGCGUCACGGAGCCUGCCGGGCAAGACACUGCCAUGGAGCUGGGAGCUGAGAGCCACGAGGAGCCUUCCUCGCAGAGCAGCAGCGACGGGGACUGCCCAGACGCCUUCGAUCCCAUAGACCAGGCCCCCGCCCUGGCCCUGGACCGGCCGGACGCAGCGCCCUCUGGGGACUCUGCCCUAGGCGCACUGGAGCCCGAGGGGGCAGAGGCGACUGGGAUAAGGAGAAUGGCUUCCAUCCAGCCCUCUCCAGCCCUGCGCCCUCGCUUCCAGGAGCAGCACCUGGCCAUGGGGCGCCGCACCAGCACCCGCCGAACCACCCCUCUCAAGAGCAAGCGCAGGCCCUCCACCAAGAAGGAGAACAUCAAGCCCCUGCUGCCCUCCCACCUCCUGCUGCUGCCAGGGGAGGACGUGCGCAACCUCCUCUUCAGCAGGGAGCUGGUGCCGGCCUCCUCCAGCCGGGAGAGCCUCUACCACGAGAGGUGCUGGGACACCAUCCAGCAGCAACUCAGCACCUUCCUCCCCAGGGGCUUUGUGCUGUGCAGAGAAGUCACCCAGCACCUGGUGCGCCUGCUGCGGGUGCUGUGCUUCCCAGAGGGGCACGGCGCCCUCCUCUCCCUGCACCUCUCCACCGGCAGGAGGUCCCUGGUGGCCGUGGCUGCCCAUGCCACUGCCUCCCAGCUCUUUGAGCUGACAGGGCAGGCGGGGGAGUGGGAGGUGAGGGAGCUGAUCAGGAAAGCCAGCUGGCAGGCUGGGAUCCUGGACACGAGAACCGUGGUGCUGGUGCACCAGGGGGUGGGGCCGGGCACCAUGCAGAAGCUGGUGGAUCUGAUGAGAGAGGGCACCUACCCUGGCCUGUACACCGCUGAAGACACUGCACACAUCGUGAAGGAACUGCUGCAGGAGAACCAGAACAUCAAAAGAACGAUGAGGCCUAACAUGGUCCUGCAAAGGUUCUACCAGUUUGUGAGGAACAAUCUGCACAUGCUGCUUCUGCUGGAUGGGCGUAAGGGCUGGGCACAGGGCAGGGGGCCCUUGGGUUACCCCCCAGCCAUGGCCACAGCCCUGCUCACCCUCCCCUGCAGCAUUGACGUGUACCAGCCCUGGAGCCAGGAGUCCCUGGUGCAGGUGGCUACCCAGCACCUGGAAGAUGCCCUCAACCAACAGCCCCUGAAGAGCCCAGGUGAGGGCUUGGUCUGCCUCUGGGGUCUCAGCCUCUCCUGGAUCAUGGCGGCCGUGCAGCCGGCAAAGGGCCAGGCCCAUCUGGGUUCGGCACAGAAACAGGCACCAAGUGCCUGGCCCUUCGUGCUGGCCAGCUCCAACCCAUGGGCCCGGCUGCCUCCUCUCCACAGUCUCUCAUGGUGUCCACUUGUUUGUCUGUCAGUCCCAGCGUCAUUGCAGGCCCUGGAGAAUUCGCUUGCCAGCAUUGCCUCAGCCAUGGCACUGAUUCACCGGUCUGCCAGCUGCUAUGCCACACACCUGGCCCCCGGCACACCCCUCAUCACCCCAAAGACCUUCCUAGAUUUCCUUGACGCUUUCCUCAUGCUCUCAGCACAGUUGCAGAGGCAGAGCCGGACUCAGGCUGAUCGGAUGAAGCUUGCUCUGACCAAGAUGCAGGCAGUGAGUGAGAAGCAGCGGGAGCACAGCCGGGACAUCAAGUACCUGCAGGAGAAACUUCGCCUGGCCAAGGAGCAAGUGGCCAGGUGCCAGCGGCGGGCGGAGCGCGAAGAGGUGGUGCAGAAGCAGCAGGAGCAGGACUGUCAGCACCGCGAGGCACGCAUCGAGAUCCUUACACAGGAACAGAAUCUGUUGGAGCAGAGCAAGGAGUCUGCCACGAGAAAGAUGAACACGGAGUACAAGGCGGCACUGGCUGGACUGCAGGUGCAGGACAUUGAGGAGUUGCGGAGCUACCGGUUACCACCAGCAUCCAUCCUCAGGGUGACGGAUACCCUGUGCAUGAUGUUCAGCAAGGAGCCUGGCUGGGAGAGUGCCAAGCAGCUGCUGGGCCAAGAGGACUUCUACCAGGAGCUGCUCUUCUACCCGAAGGACGAGCUCCCCAACAACCUGUUCCAGGCUCUGGGCCAGGUGGUGUCGGACGAGAGCUUCUGCGCUGCCUCCCUGCAGAGUGUCAGCAAAGCCGCGGCUGCCCUGUGCCAGUGGAUCUGCGCCAUCUACUGGUACCACCGGGCUCUGCGCAUUUGGGAGCCCACCUUGAUGCAGCUGCAGCACUGCAAAUUCCAGAUUCGGGCAGAGAAGGGGCGGCUGGGCGACCGGCGCCUGCAGGCUGAGAAGCUGAAAGAGUUGAGUUCGAGCUGGGGCUUGGAGCUGCUGCAGGCCACCGAGCAUCAGGAGGCCCUGGCCCGCAAACUCAGUCACGUCCUGCAGGAGAAGGAGAAGGUUGACACCGUUGAGAGCUCGGUGGCAAUGCACGUGGCCAACUGGACAGCGGCUGUGAAGCACUUGGAGCAGAACUGCAGCACGGCCCAGGGGGACGCACUCCUUUGUGCAGCCGCUCUCUCCUACAUGGGCGCCUUCCCCCCGCCGCGGCGGCAGGAGCUGCUGGAGAAGUGGCAGGAUAUCUGUGCCAGGCGCCAAAGCUCCCUGGGGCCAGACGACGUGCGGAGGUUGCUGGAGAAGGAGCUGCCCUGUCCUGGCCCAGCCCCCCAGGGUCCAGCCCUGCUGCCUGUGCGCCAGGACUUCAGCUUGCUGGCCCUGCUGAGCUCAGAGAGGGAGCAGCGUGCCUGGGACAGGGACCAGAAGCCUCAGGACUUGGCCGGGCGCCAGGCCGCCCUGCUGCUCCGCACAGACACUCACACCUGCUCCCGCUGCUGGCCCCUGCUGCUCGACCCUGACCAGCAGGCCCUCACCUGGCUCCUCAUGGCACAGAAAGCGGAUGAGGAUGAGUCCCUGCUCUUCGCCUGCUCGGACACACUGUCCAGUGCCGAGGAGUCAGGGAGCAAUGAAGAGUCACCUGAGAAAAAUCUCCAGGUGCUGUCGGCUACAGACCCCAGGCUGGAGCACAACCUCCUGGCUGCAGCCAGCGACGGGCUGCCCAUCCUGCUCCUGGACUUUGAGAGGAGCCCCUGCUGCCCGGCUCUCCUGCAGCUCCUGCAGAAGGAGACGUUGCUGGGGGCAGGGGGCUGCACCCUGCACUCCGAAUCGCUCGGGGAGGUGCAGGUGCUGCCCUCUUUCCGACUCUACCUGAGCACCACCCUGCCGCUCCGUGCCUUGGGGAAAGAUUGGUUUGAUGAGAAUGAUGCUGAGAUUCAGGGCCUGCUCGACGAGAAAAGAAAAGCUUAUUGCAUGUGGCAAAACGACAUAUCACACCAGCAGAAGAAAGAGUCGUACAAGCAACUCAAGGCUGAAGCCCAAAGGAAAAUCCACUACAUCAAAAAUAAGUGGUGGUGA